GCAGCCAGCCAGUGGAGUCGCACUGCAACUACAGAACACUGCAGCUAGACUCUGCUAAGAAUUCAAUCAUGAUAUUUCCAUGUUUUGGAUAUAUGAGGAUGGCAUAUUGGGAUAUUCCAACAUGGACUGACUGUUGUUCAGAAGUUUUCUGCAGACUGUCUUACAGCAACAACUGAAACAAGGGACUUUGAUGCUAAAGCGAGCUAGCAAAACAACUUACCUUGACGCUUUGAAGCAGCUUUAACACAUUGACAGAUUCCUGGAGCGGUUUGAGAGCUCUGUGUGACCCUCAAGGCAGCAUGGCCCCCAAGGACAUCAUGACCAAUUCCCACGCCAAAUCAAUCCUUAAUGCCAUGAAUUCCCUCCGCAAGAGCAACACACUCUGUGAUAUAACUCUAAGGGUAGAAAAUACGGAUUUUCCAGCUCACCGGAUUGUCUUAGCGGCCUGCAGCGACUAUUUUUGUGCCAUGUUCACCAGUGAGCUUGCAGAAAAGGGAAAAUCCUUUGUGGACAUCCAGGGUCUGACUGCAUCAACUAUGGAGAUCUUGUUGGACUUUGUCUACACAGAGACGGUGCUAGUUACAGUGGAGAAUGUGCAAGAACUGCUCCCAGCAGCAUGCUUGCUUCAGCUGAAAGGAGUGAAAAGAGCCUGUUGUGAUUUUUUGGAGAGCCAACUUGAUCCAUCGAACUGUCUGGGCAUCCGUGACUUUGCCGAAACGCACAAUUGCCUCGACUUGAUGCAAGCUGCCGAGCUCUUUUCCCAAAAGCAUUUCUCCGAGGUGGUUCAGCAUGAGGAGUUCAUGCUGCUGAGCCAGACAGAAGUGGAAAAGCUUAUAAAAUGUGAUGAAAUCCAGGUGGACUCAGAAGAGCCUGUGUUCGAAGCUGUGCUAAACUGGGUCAAACACAACCGAAAAGAGAGAGAGCCCUAUUUGCCAGACAUGUUGGAGUUUGUCCGAAUGCCGUUGCUGACCCCCCGCUACAUCACAGACGUCAUUGAUGCCGAGCCCCUGAUACGCUGCAGUCUCCCCUGUCGAGACCUUGUCGAUGAAGCUAAGAAGUUCCACCUGAGACCAGAGCUGAGGAGCGAGAUGCAAGGCCCACGCACACAAGCAAGAUUAGGUGCAAAAGAAGUCCUUUUGGUGAUUGGCGGCUUUGGCAGCCAGCAAUCACCAAUCGACAUAGUGGAGAAAUAUGAUCCGAAAACUCAGGAGUGGACCUUCCUCCCGAACAUUGCGAGGAAACGACGUUACGUUGCCACAGUGUCUCUCCACGAUCGUGUCUAUGUGAUUGGAGGUUAUGACGGACGGUCAAGGCUCAGCUCAGUGGAGUGUCUGGACUACACGGCGGACGAGGAUGGGGUUUGGUACACCGUCGCCACUAUGAAUGUGCGCCGUGGCCUUGCUGGAGCCACAACGCUUGGAGACAUGAUCUAUGUUGCCGGCGGCUUUGAUGGGAGCCGGCGCCACACCAGCAUGGAGCGAUAUGACCCAAACAUUGACCAAUGGAGCAUGCUGGGAGAUAUGCAGACAGCCCGAGAAGGUGCUGGUCUGGUGGUGGCUAGUGGACUGAUAUACUGUCUUGGAGGCUAUGAUGGACUCAAUAUACUGAAUUCUGUGGAGCGGUAUGACCCCCACACAGGCCACUGGACGAGUGUCACCCCUAUGGCCACUAAGCGCUCAGGGGCUGGCGUGGCUUUACUCAAUGACCACAUUUACGUGGUCGGAGGUUUUGAUGGGGUUUCACACCUGGACUCUGUUGAGGUUUAUAACAUCAGAACAGACUUUUGGACCACUGUGGCCAGCAUGACCACACCUCGAUGCUACGUAGGAGCAACUGUCCUCAGAGGACGACUGUAUGCCAUCGCCGGAUAUGAUGGGAACUCUCUUCUCAGCAGUAUUGAAUGUUACGAUCCUGUGAUCGACUCCUGGGAGGUGGUUACCUCCAUGGUGACGCAGCGAUGCGACGCAGGAGUCUGUGUUCUACGAGAAAAGUGAUCUUUUCUUGAGAGCUGCGUGAACCGCAAGCGGGCGAGCGGCAUAAAUGAAAAGCAGGCAGCUAGACUUGGAUACAAUGCCACUAGAACAGACUGUUUGUUUGUUUAUUUGUUCGGCAGCCUAACCAAGGGAACUUCCAAAAAGAAAGCUCUCGUUCGCUGGACGUUAAAUCCUUCGCCAUUUCACAGGUAGAACUCGGCCAAGAUUAACCUCAGAAUAUCCCACCGCCGUCUGCAUGGCUCUCCUUAGUGGCGCUUGUUACUGUUGUUAAUCUGUGAGAUUAUUUUUAUCUUCAAAGUGCAAUAUAUUUGUACACAUCAUCAGAAAAGAGAUGCCGCUAAACGCCUUAUGACUUCGUCUUGCAUCGCAUUGUGAACAUUCAUGUUGCCUCUCAGUUUAAUGGGCCAUUUGCUUGUUAUUUAGCAUUUGCCAGCCUACGAACGCACCCCUUUGUAAUUCACUUUGUAAGAAUUGCUUGUAGACUCGGAUCCCCUAAAUAAAAUGACUUCAUACAAAUUUAGGAUAGUUUUACAAGAUAGCUCAAUCUGUUCCAUUGAAGUUGUUGUUUUUUUGUUUUUUGUUUUUGUUUUUGACGUCCAUUUCAGGCACGUCAUUUGUUUCCCUCUCAAGCAUUUCAAUUUGAAUGUUACUUCAACACUGCUGCUCAUAAAGUCAGGUGAUUUUUAUUUUAUUUUUUGAGUGACGUCCAUUUGAGGCGCGCUAUUUGUUUCCCUCUCAAGCAUUUAAUUUGAAUAUGUUACUUCAACACUGUUGCUCAUAGUCACAAGAAAAGUGAAACAUUUUGUCAUAACUGUAUGAAGGCUCGUUCAGUGGUGUGGACACACUGCCAGCGACUCCCAAAUAUAUUAGAAUUGUUGAAAGAGGACUGAGGUAGGCCAUCUGUGUCAUGAUUGAGAAACCAUCUUGAAACGAAGGAGGGGGCUUAGUGCACCACUUGUCUCCCACAUAAAAUGCUAUCCUUUCAUCCCUUCCGAAGAGAUCAAUUAACUCAAUCACCGGUAGCCGUUUUCAAGCGGAGAUCCCCAUAUUGCCAGCUGUUUUAGAGCAUUGUGACUGAUCUUUCAAGACCCAGACAAUAUUGCGUUCUGCGACAAAAUAAUCACCGGAUCUACCUUGUUCUUGCGUUUGUCUUUUUUAGACCUUCAGCUCAGUUGUUGGUAGCAAGCCAGUCCAGAGUUUCAUCGCCAGGUUAACAAGGCUUAGAUCGCCAUUUGGUGCCCGAUGUUUGGGGCAACUUGUUAUAUGACGUGUUCCAUGGUCUGUAGGGCGUCUCCACAUUCACAUUGGGCACUGUCCAUGAGGCCCCACCGCUUCAUCGACUUGCCAGUGCGUCCCACGCCUGUCCUCAGGCAAUUGAGUGUGGUGCACUGCUUUCGCGGCAGGUGCUGGAUUUGCGAAUCAUUGAUGGAUGGAAGUAUUCUGUUUUUAUGUGCAUUUUCCUCGACGUUCCAACCUCAUUGGAAUUGGGGUUUGUAUUUGUUGCUAUGUGUUCAAGUUGUUUGGGGCAGAAAAUUGAAUAGAUCAACCAAAGGUUGUGUGGACUUUGUGACCAAAGAGGUUAAUAAUACUGCUGGAACGGAGAGUGUGGGUGGUGGUAUGCAUGGUGAGCAGAGAGCGAAGACAGGGUGGGGAUUUGCCAAUGAGUGUUUGAUAGAUAUACACAGGCAAGUGAAUUUGUUUGUGACUCAAUGACCUGGAUGAAUGAAAAUAUUCACUGGUAUCAGAAUUGGAUUUGCAUUUUAGUACAGUGACAAUACAAAUAGAUAAUGAACUGGCGUGCAGUGGUAUUUUCUUGCAAUAUUACGCACUCUAAUAAUGGCCCAAGACUUUCACACAGUACUUUAUUUAAAAGUUCCACCUAUCAGUCAUUGUAAACCACCUUGAAGCAUUAACCUUUUUGCUAUUCAGUGCUACUAUGUCUAAAAAGACUUUCAGAAAGCAGAUGGAGAGAGGCCUGCCUUCCUCCCCACCUCCAUCCACUGCGAGCCUCCUCAGCAGCAGGAGAGACGAAACACACAAAGAUCACAAGGUAGUGCUCACUUGCGAGGUUGAGCCCUGAAGGACAUACAUCUUCAUGCUCUAUGGAGGAAAUAAAGCACCAGCCUGGAGCCUUUUUGACUAAUAAAUUGACUGCUGUUCUUACAGAAACAUGGUGAGCAAAAAAAUGAUUUGGAGACCACAGCAGGAAAAUGACUUUGUAAAUCUACAAUCUAUACUGUAUAAAAUGGCUGAUUACAUGACAUUGAUUUAAUGAACACAAAUGUGCAAAUAUUGAAACAUGACUGCUGGAAAUAUUUGUGGGAGACAGAAGAGUAAACUGCCAGUAAAAGCCUGUCAUGCGUUUUGACAUUCUAACCUAAAAUGGGAAAAGGAGACAAGCGAUACAAUAAAAACAAAUCAGACAUUUUGUAUUAUGCAGUGACAUUGUGUAAUUAUAAAGGAAUUCAUUUUGAGUCAUAGCAAGUGAUUCAAAUUACAAUGAGCCAAUUGACAAUGGCAAUGGGAGAUUUUUUUGAUUAUUCAAUAACAGGGCAACACAAAAUUGUGUUAUAGCAUUACACUGAAUGGUCCAAACUCCAUAACCUCAACUGGUUCACUGACAGGAAGAAAACCCAAAUGAAAACUGACGCUAUUUAGAUUAGAUUUGUUUUUUUAGGAUAUUUGUGCUACCAAUUCAGAGACAACAACAAAUUACAAAAACUCGUCAAGGUAAAUCUUCACUUGCUACUUUAGCCGAAGAAAGAAGGUAGCGGUAUUAAACUUCAUGGAAAUAUUUGAAGGGGCUUUUUUUUUCAAAAUACACACCUUUCCCCCCUGCUAAUCCUUAAAGCCUGUUGUUACCACUGAAGUUUAUUUUUUUACCCAGAUUAGUACCUAAAAUACUGUCACAACUAGUCAGGCGCUCCCCCCUCUGCCAGUUCGUCACACCCACCUACCUUAUGUAAGACUGCUGCCAUUGGAUCAUUCAGUUAUUGCCAGAUUGUAUCACUACAAGCUCUGGCCAGAUGCUCCAGCACUUUUCCAUGGAUUGAUUUUUUUGUUGCUGACCAUGUCUGCCCUGCCCGUGACCAUCCCGCCACGUGGUUCUCCCCGGAAUCUCCUGUCUUAGCACGUUUGCCUGCCCCAGUGGUUGUUUGCCGUUUUGCUACGACAACAAAGUGUAAGUUUCCCCAUCCUGCUAUCAGAGGAUUACACAGUGUUACAUUACCUGGCUUCAAACCCCUUCCCAUACUUCAAGGACUUGUCAUCUGGACUUUGAAAUCAAUUGUGUUGCUGCUCACCCACCCAUUUGUUGCUGGACUUGUCGCAGUUGUUAUUGAGGUAAAUUCCAACUAGUUCUGUGGUUAAGCGUAUUAAUACCCUCCAACAUGACUCUUCUUGCAAAAACCUUUUUGGGGACAUACUAUAGAAUCAUAACAGCAUUUGUUAAUUUCCCUCUGUCACGUUCUCUCACAGGGUGAGUGCAUCUCCAUUAAUGUGGGCCAGGCAGGUGUGCAGAAAGGAAAUUCCUGCUGGGAGCUGUUCUGCCUCGAGCAUGACAUCAACCCUGAUGGAACCUCUCAAGAACCUGCAGCACCAAACUUUCGUGAAGAUCCCUUCAACAUCUUGUUCAAUACUGGGAGUUCUGGGCGUCACGUUCCAAGAGCGCUUUAUGUCGACCUGAAGCCCACAGUGGUCGGUUGGCAUCAAUCAUCAGCCUCCAACUGCAGGUCCUGGAGGAGACUUAGCCAAAGUGCAGCAGGCCGUGUCCAUGCUGAGCAACACCACAGCCAUCGGUGAGGCCUGGUCUCAUCUUGGCCAAAUGUUUGACCUGAUGUAUGCCAACCAGGCUUUCAUACAUUGGUAUGUGGGCGAGGGAGAGUUUGCUGAGGCCAAAGAGGACCUGCCAUGUCUGGAAAAUGAUUACGAGGAGUUUGGCCACACCAGUCCAGAUUCUGAAACGAUGAUGAGGAUCAAGAAUUUUGAACUUGUUUAAACCUCGACUGAGGUAAAAAUGAUGUUUAUACCUGGCUUUCAUGGUUUUUCAUGUUUGCAUGUUUUUUAAGAAAGUUUUUCUCUUUUCCGGGGGCUGUACUUUGGUCAUGUUGAGCCUUUUACCUUGCCAUAUACAGUGGGUACGGAAAGUAUUCAGACUCCCUUAACUCUAUUAUAUUGCAGCCAUUUGCUAAAAUCAUUUAAAAUCAUUUUUCCCUCAUUAAUGUACACACAGCACCCCAUAUUGACGCGAAAAAACUGAAUUGUUGACAUUUUUGCAGAUUUACUAAAAAAAGAAAAACUUAAAUAUCACACAGCUAUAAGUAUUCAGUCCCUUUUCUCAAUAUUUAAUAGAAGCACCCUUUUGAGCUAAUACAGCCAUGAGUCUUUCUGGGAAUGGUGCAGCAAGUUUUUCACAUCUGGAUUUGGGGAUCCUCUGCCAUUCCUUCUUGCAGAUCCUCUCCAGUUCUGUCAGGUUGAAUGGUGAAUGUUGGUGGACAGCCAUAUUCACUUCUCUCCAGAAAUGCUCAAUUGGGUUUAAGUCAGGGCUCUGGCUGGGCCAUUCAAGAACAGUCACAGAGUUGUUCUGAAGCCACUCCUUCGGUAUUUUAGCUGUGUGCUUAGGGUCAUUGUCUUGGUGGAAGGUGAACCUGCGGCCCAGUCUGAGGUCCUGAGCACUCUGGAGAAGGUUUUCGUCCAGGAUAUCCCUGUACUUGGCCGCAUUCAUCUUUCCUUCGAUUGCAACCAGUCGUCCGGUCCCUGCAGCUGAAAAACACCCCCACAGCAUGAUGCUGCCACCACCAUGCUUCACUGUUGGGACUGUAUUGUACAGGUGAUGAACAAUGCCUGGUUUUCUCCACACAUACCGAUUAGAAUUAAGCCCAAAAAGUUCUAUCUUGGUCUCAUAAGACCAGAAACUCUUAUUUCUCACCAUCUUGGAGUCCUUCAGGUGUUUUUUAGGAAACUCCAUGCAGGCUUUCAUGUGUCUUGCACUGAGGAGAGGCUUCCGUCAGGCCACUCUGCCAUAAAGCCCUGACUGGUGGAGGGCUGCAGUGAUGGUUGACUUUCUAGAACUUUCUCCCAUCUCCCGACUGCAUCUCCGGAACUCAGCCACAGUGAUCUUUGGGUUCUUCUUUACCUCUCUCACUAAGGCUCUUGUCCCCCAAUUGUACAGUUUGGUCGGACGGCCAGCUCUAGGAAGGGUUCUGGUCACCCCAAUUGUCUUCCAUUUAAGGAUUAUGGAGGCCACUGUGCUCUUAGGAACCUUAAGUGCAGCAGAUAUUUUUUUUAACCUUGGCCAGAUCUGUGCCUUGCCACAAUUCUGUCUCUGUGCUCUUCAGGCAGUUCCUUUGACCUCAUGAUUCUCAUUUGCGCUGACAUGCAUUGUGAGCUGUAAGGUCUUAUAUAGACAAUUGUGUGGCUUUCCUAAUGAAGUCCAAUCAGUAUAAUGAAACACGGCUGGACAACAAUGAAGGUGUCGAACCAUCUCAAGGAUGAUCAGAAGAAAUGGACAGCACCCGAGUUAAAUAUGAGUGUCACAGCAAAGAGUCUGAAUACUUAUGGCUGUGUGAUAUUUCAGUUUUUCUAAUUUUAAUAAAUCUGCAAAAAAAUUCCGCUUUUUUUCUGUCCAUAUGGGGCGCUGUGUGUACAUUAAUGAGGAAAAAAAUGAACUUAAAUGAUUUUAGCAAAUGGCUGCAAUAUAACAGAAUUUAAAAAUUUAAGGGGUUCUGAAUACUUUUCGCACCCACUGUAGUUACAGUUGUGCUCAUAAGGUUACAUACCCUGACAGAAUUGGUAAAAUAUUGGCAAUUUUUAGAAAAUAUGAUUGAUGACUGAACGGGUAUUCCUAUGUUUUGUUUAAAGGUCCCGUAUUUUACCAAACCAACUUUGUAUAGUAUUGGGAAGUAAUAUUGGCUCUAUGGUGCCUCGGUAAACGUGAAAUAUGAAUUACAAUCGUCCACGCAUUCCUAAAUUACAGAUGUUUUUCUGUCAAGAGACCUGAAAUCAGGUCAUUCGAAUUUCUCAAGCUUAUCUAUGUCACUAACAAAGAUCUCUGCCUACCUCUCCGCUCCCGAGCCAGCGCUGUCAACAUAAAAAAUGUGUGUGCUCUCACACGUCUUCUUCACAGAGGCAACCAAUCAGAGGAAAGGGGGCAGUCUUAGUCAAAUAUGGACAAAGCGGAUACAAAAUUGGGUCAUACAGAAGUAGUUGUCAGAGGGGCCUUUUCUGGACACUUGUAUGGGGAAAAUCAAGGUUGUUGUUUUUUUUUAAUGAAAUUUACACUUUUAUACUAAGUCCAUGUUUGAGAGUCACUCUAUGUAGGUCUAUAUAGCCAAAAUAUGGGACAUUUAAUGAUUGCUCUUUUCUGAAAUGCCUUGUAGUUAAAUUUGAAUACCAUUAAAAAUGAAACCUUU